AUGUUGGGUUGGAUGUUGAGACGCGGCGAGAACGCGCCAGAACCGGUCAAUGAUGGAGAUACCACCCAAAUUGACCAGCCCGACACCCCCGCGCCUGUUUUCGCUGCUAGAGCAUUCAAGAGUGCAUUGUUUGGAACUCCAGCACGACCUACCAACCAAAGUACAAGAGCUGUAGCAAAAGACAGAAAUGACAAGACAGCUCAAAUGUCUCGGACCCCUCCUCGACCACAAGGGAUCCUUUUGACCCCAGGUACCGGGACUACGAGACGAAAGCGCGUAUCUUUUGGACAAGACGUCAAGAAGAAUAACAAUCUCAGCAAGGAGCCAGAAGCGCGCCAACGAACCCGGCUAAACGACGCUUUGGAAAAGGCCUCCAAAUCGGUAAAUCAGAAGAACACAACACAGCAAGACCAGGAUGACUCUUCAGAUGAGUGGGAAGAAGCUGAUGACGAGGACUACUGCACACACGACAUUACGGUUGAUCUUAACGAGCCUCAUUCGCAGUCGGGCAGAUAUUGGAAGGAGGAGUUUGAGAAAUACCACGAAGACGCCAAGGCCGAAAUGGAGAAGCUCCUCAAGUACAAGCAACUGGCGAAAUCAUAUGCCAAACAAAAGGAUGCCGAGGCAAUUGAGCUCGCAGUUAAGCUCAAGGAAGAACAGCAAAAAGUGAUUGAGAUGGAAAGGCAGAUUGCCGAAGGUGCUUCCAAGAUAGCCUCGAAGCGAGUCGACAGAUCAGACGAAGUCAGCUCCGAGCUUUUAUCGACACUCACGAAGCAGACAGCCCUGGCUGUGCAGUAUCGAACACGCGUCCAAGAGCUUGAGGACCAACUUGAGGAGUUCCUUCGAGAGCGGGAAGACGAUGCCGAUGCCGAUCCCAAAGACCGCAAGCGACGACAAGCGACAUCACCCAGGACGCAGAAAACGCUUAUCGAGACACAGCGCGAACUGAGGCGAGCCCGAAUGCAGGUCAAGGAAGUUGGCGAACUUCGUCAGCAGAUAUCUUCUCUGAAGAGUCAGCUCAGAGCGGCGGAGAAGCGUGCUACCAAGGCCGAGGCAAUGAACGAGACGAAGACUACACAAGAAAAAACCGAAGUUGAAUCGGUGCGCGAAAGUUCACGAGCACAGGAAUUGCGCGCCCAGCUUCGUGAAGCAAGAGAAGACAACAAGAAGAAAGAUGAGGAGCUACGACAACUAAAACAAGAAUUCGAAGCCUAUCGUAAUGAAACUCAAGCCCACAAUGCGGACACAAAUGGAGUUUUGGAACGGGCACACACUAAGAUUGCGGAACUCAAGAAGGAAAUCAGGAUCCUCAAGGCUGGGGACAAUGAUGCUCCUGAGCAGCAAGACAACGCAACUCGGCCUAAGAGCUGGCAUGUUCAGACAGACUCGGGGCAUCUGGCAGACGAGACCUCAAAGCCCAGAAACAUCGAUGUGGGUGACAACCCUAAGAAUCCAAGGCAUAUGGAACGACGAAGUUUUGACUUGACCGAGUUUGGCAAUGAGACCAUGGAGCUCAAGGCCACAGACCCAAACGUGCCCUCAUUACGCCAAAAGUUUCACGAAGAUGCUGUGCCAAAGGUUACUAGAUCGGAUAUCGGCACGUCAAAACCAGUAUCGUCAAGUCUUGGUGAUAAGCCAGACAUUGGCCGGCCUAGAUGGCAGCCAUUUGUUCCGCGAUCACCAAGAAAUAGGGCAUAUCUUGGCGAAGAAAUCACCAAGCGGAUUGAGAACGGAGGUGCGACUCCCGGCCGAACUGGCCUGGAAGACAUCGCCGCGCCUGACCUGCCCGCGCUGGCCAAGUCAAUCGCUCGCUCGAAGCGCAUUACAUCUGCCGAGAAACCUGAAGAAAGAAUCGACUUACUCCACGACCAGUAUGCACGUGUAGGGGCCCCAGGUUCCAACAAAAGCGCAUUGACGGCCAACGCGCCAAAGAGCGUGCUGCCGCCUGAGCGUAGAGCUGCUGCGAUUGCAAGAAUUGAACAAAGAAUGGCGGAGAAGAAACGAGCGCGUGGAAGAAAGGCAUAUGAUAAGGAGAAUGUCCGACCUUGA